AUGGACGCAGACUUGCGUAACCGAAAUGGAUCUGCGUUAUCAAAUGGGAGUCACGAGCCGGUGAAGGAGCAUAAGGCGGUGAAGGAUCCGCGCAAAAUGGCCUUCAAACUGAAGGAAUUCAAAACGAGGGAAUCGCUUCUCACUGUCCUCUUCCGUGAAACGGAAAUGAGCGUGGUCUACAACAUUUUCGCCGGCACCUUCAUCCUUUUCUUCCUCAGAGCUCUGAUUGAUGACAUCUUCACACAUGGCAUGCCAUUCCAUCAUUUCUGGCUUAUCGGAUGGAAUUUCAAACAU